AUGCCGGGUCAAAUCGUUAGCAUUCCCUUUCUUUCUCAGAUUGAAGAUAUGGACAAGUAUCUUCUUGAAUACCGCAGUUUGAAGCUCAUGCCUCAGAAUGCCGUAUCUUUUACGCAGCCACAAAUGCGCUACAAUGUCAAUAGAGCUAUGAACAAUGGUGUUGGUGGAGGAAACACGAACACUCGUAAGAAAUUGUUGAACAACACUAAUGGAGUUCAAGUCUAUCGUUACAACAAUAAUACUACGAAGUACGGGCAACAAUCUGGUAGUGGUGUGAUGGCUCAAACCCAGAAUGGGUCUGGAGGCUCAUUCAAACCUGCCUAUCCGCAGAUGUUUUAUGGUGCUGGCAACAGCAGCUCUAUGUCGUUACCUCAAGUUCCAUCACCUACAUUGUAUGGGGCUGCACAGACUCAGCAGCAAUUCAUGACUGCCAGCUCCUCUUCGAGCUCCACGCCUCCUCCUAUAUUGCAUGCUUCAAUAAGCGGGACCUCGUCUAUUUCCUCAUUGGGUGGAGAGUACGAAUAUUUGUUGCCUAAUGAAGUAAAUGGCCAGUACAUGUCGUCGAACAGUGCAGGAAAUUCAGUCCCAACUUCAACGAAUGUCACUGCUCCUUCAACUGCUACAAUGUCGAGUGGUUACUUGGAUUCUGUUGUCUCAGCUCCAGCAGGAUUUAAAAUUGAAAGCGCCGGCUCGAGUUCCACUGAUUUUAUUAAUGGUUUACCUUCUUCUCUGUUGUCUGAGGGAAUGAAUCCUAAUGGAUUCCUUGCUGGUACAACCAACAAUACUAAUUCUUUUUUCGGAAACACGGUUUCUUACCCUUCAUCUGGCUCAAACGCUACUACGAGCUCUAGUAGUAAUUUUAUGAUGCAAGAUUCUAAGGGCUGGGGAAACAAUAAUGCUAACACUUCAUCCAACACGGGUUCCUUUGGUAUUUGGAAUAACGAUAUGAGCGUUUGGAGUUAG